AUGCUAGCAAGAAUCCAAUCUAUGGCUUCCGGAAUUGCCUCAAAAGCUCAGGCUUACACCACGAAGUCCAUUUACUACUCCAAAGUGGUGGGCGAGCUUUCAAAGCAGGUAUACUUGAAAGAGGGUAUGCAACCUCCCUCCGUCUCCGAUUUCCAAAGUGUCUACACAAAAUUGUACAAGCAGGCCUUGAGUGUGGCUCUGAAGCCCAAGCAGUCGUUGAGCAUGUUCAAGAACGUCCAAAAAGACGACGUGGUCAAAUACGGUGCGUACGGCAUCCAACUGGCCGGUCUGUACUCUUUGGGUGAGGUCAUUGGCAGAAGAAAGGUCGUUGGUUACACCAACUAUGCUGCUCACCAUUGA